AUGGCGGGCACCGUCUACGUGCUCGACGACUAUUACCUGGCGAUAACGCUGCUCAUCACUGUUGCCUAUCAGCUGAUCUUCUUCUCGGUGGCCUUUACAUUCAAGUUCGACAAGCUCACAGAUUUUGCGGGAGGCACCAAUUUCGUUGUAUUAGCAAUCAUCACACUUGCCUUCAGUGGACACCAUGGCGCGCGUCAGAUCGUCGCGUCCCUCUUCAUCAUGGUCUGGGGCAUCCGCUUGUCGGGCUUCCUCCUCUUCCGGAUCCUGAAGACAGGGAAGGACGACCGAUUUGACGACAAGCGCGACAAGUUCUUCCCCUUCCUCGGGUUCUGGGUGUUCCAGAUGAUCUGGGUCUGGACCGUAUCGUUACCUGUCACGGUGCUGAACUCACCCAAUGUGCAGCGGUAUCCGCAGGUUCCCUUUGGCACGGGUCGGGACAUUGCGGGCAUCAUACUGUUCGCCAUCGGCUUCAUCAUGGAGAGUGUGAGCGACGUGCAGAAGUUCAUUUUCCGCCAGCGGAAUGACAAGACUGCCAUUUGUGACAAGGGAUUCUUUUACUUCUCGCGGCAUCCAAAUUAUUUCGGCGAGAUCAUUAUCCAGUUCGCGAUCUACAUGAUAGCGGUUUCUGCCGCCGCAGACGGGUAUGUUGGGGGCCAAGCUUUCAAAGCACUUUAUGCCACGAUAUUCGGCCCAUUUUUUCUGACCAUCCUCCUGAUGUUUGUCUCUGGGCUCCCAUUGUCCGAGAGACCCGGAGCCAAGAAGCGGUAUGAGAAAGGCAUGAACUGGGAGGGUUACAAGAAGUACCUGGAGAGGACGAGCAUCCUGAUUCCGUUCCCUCCCCAAAUUUAUGGGCGGUUGCCGGUAAUUCUCAAAAGAACCCUAUUCCUCGAGUUUCCUAUGUAUGUAUUUGAUCCUGCGAAACAUGCGGAUGGCGCAACAGGACAGCGUUCCGCUGAGGAAGGCCAGGGCGCGGGUGGUGCUCGACAAAGUGGGGAGCAACUGACCGGAGCCCACUGA